CCCGAUCUCUCUUCCCUUCCUUCUGAUUUGGUUUGGUUUGGUCUAGUCUCGCCUCGCGUCGCCUCGUCUCUAGGUGCUUCUAUUCUUCAUCUUCUGUUGAAACUGUGACGCCUAUGAUUUUGCACGUUUUCCUUAUCUGCCAACAUCUCUCCCUCCUCUUCACUUAUUCACAACUGACACGAAUAACUUGAGCUGAACUGCCAAGUUCGCCUUUUCUCCCAUUUGGGAGCUCGCGUAUCUCUCUCUCUCUCUCUCUCUCUACUUAUCACAAAGGUUAGUACCUUUACUUCCAUAUUUACACCCCCCAACUAGACUCUCGUCUCUCCGCGUGCCUCUAGAAUUGUCCCCGGAUUGAAUCCAUGUCUAUCUUGUAUACGACUUGUCCUCGUCAUAUGGACACUGCUUCGGCCAUAUUCAUGCACUCGACACGCUAUCAACGGCUACGCCAAGAAGACCGCAAUAUUCGUCUUCAUCACCAAACCCAGCAAACACGACGACAUAGCAGAUCAUACAACGGUCAAGGUAUCGCAUAGAAUUGGGGGAUAACAGCUUCGUUUCUAUUCACCUCAAAGCAACACUACUUACUUCUGGUUCCUUCACCAAUAACGCAUCAUUACAGAGGCUCGCACCUUAUUAGAGAGUUUCGACGCCCGCUACGACACAACGAAGAGUAACGACUCAAGAACCAACCUUUAUACCCCCUUAUUUCUUUUACAAUCUUCUUAUUGUACUAUACGCACGCAAUCUAUAGACGUUCAUGUCCUCAGAAGGCACGUCGCAAGCUGCCGCGACCGAUUCCGCCUCCGGUCCCGGUCCUCGACAGUCGCGGACUCCCGAUCCGCCCACCGAUUUCGAUCACGAACCUCCGGACUCGGGCCGGCAGCCGACACAAGUAACACAAUCACAGUCGCCUUCUGCCAAUGCUUCUCGCCAUCGCGAUGUCGCCCCCCGCGAUUUCGUCCGGCUCUUCCAGUGUCAGAUCUGCUCACUGCCCCUAGAUGAGCCUAUCAGCCUCCCCUGCGGUAAAAGUCUGUGCCGGCGCUGUUUACCAGGCACACACAUGCGCGCCAACAUAACAUAUCCCGCCGCUCCAGAACGACUUCGUGGCUUUAAAUGUCCUUUUGAGGACUGCAAUAAGGAACAUGCUAUUGGCGACUGCGCCGUUGAUGUUGUGCUCAACAAGACGGCACAACACGUGAGGGAAGAGAUCGAACGAUUCAAGAAUGAGUCUUCGACCACCGAGCUGGCGACGAAGGUCAUGUGGCCUGACCCUUGGGCUGCUGCAGGUGUUUCUUCCAUGAGGGAUGAUGAUGAAGCGUACACAAAGGUGAUACCCGGCGGAAAGGUUAUCGCCACUUAUCGCCUGGCGGAGGAGGGUGACCUGUCUUAUGAGGCCGAUAUAUGCUACGACGAAAUUACAUCGGCGACACCAUCACCACCUCCUGAUGCUGAUGAUACAGGGCUCGUUCGAAAAGCGCAAGACGCCACUCGCGCUGAGAUGGACUGUCAGGUCUGCUACGCACUCUUCUACGAUCCUCUUACAACCUCUUGCGGACACACUUUCUGUCGGUCAUGUUUACAUCGCAUUCUUGACCAUUCACGGUAUUGCCCGAUAUGUCGUCGCCCACUGGCUAUCAGCCCCUUAUUAAGUCAAACUUCAUCGCCUUCCAAUCAAACUAUUAAGCGCAUCAUCGAAACAUUCUGGCUGGAGGAAGUCAACGCUCGAAAGGAAGCUCUGGACGCUGAGCGUGUAGCUCAGAUGCAAGACUAUGACCUCGCUCUCUUUGUAUGCACAUUGUCAUUCCCUCAAAUGCCGACAUUCCUACACAUUUUCGAGCCGAGGUAUAGACUCAUGAUCCGGAGAGCACUGGAAGGAGACCAUACUUUCGGUAUGGUCAUACCCAAACGACCCCAACAUGCUGGUGAUGCGAACUUUCAUGAGCUAGGCACGCUUCUCCGCAUUGUCAAUGUCCAGUUCUUCCCGGAUGGCCGGAGUCUCAUUGAGACUGUGGGUCUGUCACGCUUCCGCGUUCUCGAACACAGUUACCUUGACGGAUACAUCGUCGGCAAGACUGAAAGGAUAGACGAUGUUAGCCUCGAGGAUGAAGAAGCUGCCGAGGCUGCUGAAGCAACACCGAUAGAGACUGAGGAUCAACAACAACCCAUGCAGGCUAUGGAUACUGUCAAGGAACCCACUGAACCAACACCGACAUCUCCAUUACCGCGGUCUGAUUCAUCCAGUCCACACAUACCAACGUCAGUUACCGAGAUCGACUCAAUGUCUACACAGAGUCUGAUGCACUACGCCUCAUCUUUUGUCGCUCGAAUGCGUCAACAGAGUGUCCCCUGGUUGACAGAACGCAUGUUGACUAUAUACGGCGACUGUCCAGAAGACCCUGCCAUCUUUCCAUGGUGGUUUGCCAGUAUGUUGCCGGUCAAAGACAUUGAGAAAUAUCGACUCCUGGGCACAUCCAGCGUACGCGAGCGACUCAAGAUAUGCUGCACGUGGAUUGUGGAAUGGGAGACAUCCAGAUGGUAAGUGAAAUCUAUAACUUCGCAAUUUUUUAUGCAUCCCAUGCCCUAUCAAGCUCCCUUAUGAUAUUCAUUGCCCCUCAAUGAGCUUAUGCUUGUCGUCGUGUCCGUCCCCCAGGCUAAAACGACGUCUCCCAUUCCAGGACAAAGCUGAUUCAUGGCCGCUCAGGUCCAUCCACGGCUGCACAAUCCUCUGAUUGACAAUGCUUGCCCUACUAUCUCUCGCUCGGCUUGGUUCUGCAAUUCGUGCUCUUGCUUUUCUGCUUUGCUGUGCAGUUGUUGUACGAAGCACAAGACGGUUCGCGGAGUUGAUGUUAUUCCACUUCUGACACGAAUAGGACGAUUACGACUCGACGAUAGCUAGGGCGGUUUGGUUUGCAUCAUGGCAUUAUAACGCAUCAAAUGUCACAAGACAAAAGUCACAGAAGGUGUUCAUUUACACGGGUUGAAUAUUGAUUGAUUGAUUCGGUUGGGAGGCAUCUAGUCAUAGCAUCUUGUAGUACAGUGAUUUUGCGGAUACCAUACCCCCUUAGCUAAACUAGACAUCUUUCUCAUAACCGCAUGUAGCAAGUUUCCAAUUUCUAUUACCAGUUCGAGGCUUCGCCGUUCGUGUCCCGUGCUGCAGUGGGAUCUCCCCAAGUUGGCAUAGUAACGCCGCGGGUGUCAACCCAUGUCCCAGGCAUGAUGUUGUCGCGACCUUCUCCUUCCGCUGAAGGAGGUUUUUGGUUUCCGUCCCCGUUCCCAUUCACAUCCGUGGGAGCCCAGAUGCCCACGUUGUUGUCAGCUCCUUGCCCAACACUGCUUAUGGUCGGUUGUUCGCUCCAGUCGCCGCGGGCGCCUGGGAACGUGUCGUCACCCCAAUGAUCUCCGUUCCUUUUCACAGUCUUGUUGCUCUUGUUCGAAUGGUUCGAACCAGCUCCCCAACCGUUUUGGUUCUGAUCUUGCUCGCCACUUGGUGGUGACACUACCCAUUCCUCCGGCUUACUAUCCUGAGUGGUCUUAUUCCAAUCGUCAACUGCCUGGUUGUUGCUCGUAUUCCAACCAUCACCGUUCUGGUUGUUGUCCUGGGUCGGUGCGCCCCAACUGUCUUGACCGUUCUGGCCAUUGUUGUCACCUGAUCCAUUGUUCCAGCCGUUCGACCCGUUCGACCCAGCCUUAUCGGAACCUGGAGGCUGGCUGUUUUCCUUGGAUACAGAACGGUGGCUUUCCCAGGCGUUGUUUUGUGACUUUCUCUUAUAGUAUGGAUUGUCCUGGCCCUGAGUCGAUGAGUUAAAUCCAGUCCGGCCCGUGUGUUUCUUU